CCCUGAAUGACAUUUUGCGGGAUCCUCCCUUCAUCUCCCCGUUCUGGCGCUAGACUUUUUAUGGUGCCAACAUUUUUAUUUUAUUUCACCACCAUUACUAUUACCAUCACCAUCACCACCACCACUACUGCUACUACUACUACUAUCAUCAACGGCAACGUAGUACUAGCAAAUCGAGGACAUUUUCUUAGGUACUUGUUCGUCUUCCUUGCAUUAUUACAUAUUGUUCUUCUCUCUACUCCCUCCCCCCGGUCUAGAUCAUACAUACCAUGGGGUUCGAUUCCAAGUUUUUUUUCUUUCUUCACGUGUGUAUGUUCAUGUAGGUAGGUAGGUAGGUAGGUAUAUUAUGUACGUGCCAUGUAUUCCGUUGGAUCCUACAUUCUGCACCUAGUCUCGUGAGGGUUAUACGUUAAUACGUCCUUUUCCCACCCCCCACGAAGCGCCGUAACGCGUCAA